AUGGCACCACCAGCAAUCGCCCGACGCAGGGCUCAUAUCCGCAUCCCGCUACGCAUUCCGCCGUUGAACUCACGACCCCCUACGGCCAUGAAUGAUAUGGAAUCGACCUUGGCAGAAGAAUCAAGCGCCAUUCUAACAACGGCCACUUCGCCCUGGUUUGUAGACCUCGUUUGCAAAGAAUGCAAUGAUGAAGCAGCAUUCCUUUUUCUGGAUGCGUUGCCCGGCGGAACUAUGACGCUGUGUUCUCCUACAGAGACGCUGAUGUGCUGCGGGAUCGACCUCUCUGGCACUCUCCGCCUCUUCUUUAUGAGGCAUCACGGCCUCGCAGAAGCAGAAGUUACCAGGCUAACCCUGCUGCUGCAGUUUUGUUGUUAUAGUGUGUUAUUUUUGUUGGGAUUUCUUUAUAUUAUUCAUAGCUAA